AUGACAUUAAAAAUAUUAGCUUUUAAAAUUAUAAGCAUUAUUAUAUUAUUUUCAUGGACAAUAAAAUCUUUUGAAUUUAAUACGACAAAAUUUUUUUGGAAUGUACCUUCAGAAAAAUGUUUUUUAAAUAAUAUAACUAUACCAUUAGAAAAAUAUGGUAUAAUUUCAAAUGAAAAUCAAACAUUUCAUGGAAAUAGAAUUGUUCUUAUUUAUGAAAAAGAUGCAGGAUUAUAUCCAUAUAUUAAAAAGAUAAAUAAUACUAUUGAAUAUAUAAAUGGUGGAAUACCACAGAAAACAAAUAUAUCAGCACAUUUAGAAAAAUUAAGAAAUGAUAUUGAAAGAAUUAUACCUAAUCAUAAAUAUGAUGGAUUAGCAAUUAUAGAUCUUGAAGCAUGGAGACCAACUUAUGAUUCUAAUUGGAGUUCAAAACGUAUUUAUAGAGAAGAAUCAAUUAAUUAUGUAUUAUCUAGAUUGCCAAAUAUUUCACGAAAUAAUGCAAUAGAAAUUGCAAGAGAUGAAUUUGAUACUAGUGCUUUAAACUUUUUAUUAAAAACAUUAAAAGAAUGUCAAUAUAAAAGACCAUAUGCUAAAUGGGGAUUCUAUGGAUUUCCAAUUUGUGAUGAAAAUGGAUUAGAAAGAAAUGCAUCAUUUUGUUAUCCUAAUCACGAUGAAAAAUUAAUUGCUUUUUUAAAGUAUACUGACGCACUUUACCCAACAGCAUAUCUUUAUCCUGGGCGUAGUUAUACAGCCAAAAGUAUGUUUGUUGAUGAUGUUUUAAAAGAAACAUUACGAUUAAAUGAUUUAAUUGAAAAAGAAGGAUAUUCAAGAAAAAAAAUAUAUGUUUAUCAUAAAUUUGAGCUAAAUCCAUAUAAUGAUGAUGUAACAAAAAUUUCAUUUUAUGAUCCUUACCAUUUAUGUAUAACAUAUAAAAAAUCUGUUGAAUAUGGAGUUGAUGGUUUAGUAUUAUGGUCAACAUCAAAAAAUAUUUAUCAACGAUGUAGACAUAUUCAAAAGUAUGUUGAAACACAACUUGGACUUUAUAUACUAUCAUUAGGAAAAUUUUUUGAUAGAUGUUCUAAUUUAUUAACAUUAAAUAAUGGAAAAUGUAUAUUAAAUAGAAAAAUUGAAAAUUAUAAACCAUCGUGUAGAACAGGUUUUUAUGGUUUACAAUGUGAAGAGUCAAAAUAUAAUCCAACCACAUCUUAUCCAAUGCCUUUUAAAUUAUUAUAA